AGCCCAUUGGACUACUACAAGUAACCCGACUCUACACAAGUCACAUUUCAACAAACAAAAAUAAACGCACAAAACACAUCUUCUUUUCUAGAAACCUCUGUAAAACCCCUAAUGGCCUUGCGUGCAGCAGCGACGGCAACAACAACGGCGGCGGUGGCACCGCGAGGUUUACGAGCACUACUAUCUACUUUCUCCUCAAACUUUGCAUUCAAUCCGCCAUCAUCAAAACAAGUUGAAAAGCCGCCACCAGCUGAACCAUCCACCAAUCUCUUCGUUUCUGGGCUAAGCAAACGUACUACCUCAGAAGGGCUCCGUGAAGCCUUUGUAAAAUUUGGCAAAGUAGACCAUGCCAGAGUGGUGACUGAUCGAGUAUCUGGUUAUUCCAAAGGUUAUGGGUUUGUUAGAUAUGCGACCUUGGAAGAUGCUGAAGCUGGUAUAAAGGGCAUGGAUGGCCAGUUUCUUGAUGGAUGGGUUAUCUUUGCCGAGUAUGCAAGACCAAGACCACCACCUCCCUCGAUGCAGAACGAUAAUACAGUACCUGGAUAUGGCAAUUACAAUUCACCAUCAUAUGGCAGGCAAUAAGAUGUAAACUGAGCAGUUCAUUGCGAUUUAAGUAACGUUUUCAACCUUACAAGGAAGGAGUUUGGAUCGUAGCACACUGCAUUGGUGUAUACUAAGCUGUCACUCAUUUUUUCAGAAGUCAAAUCAUCUCGGCCUUCAUGAUAAGCAUACAUUAAUAGAAUCUGUUAUAGAUAAAACUCAGAUAUGAUAUGUUCACAUUUCCUUUUCAGUAAUUUGCUAAGUUCUCAGAAAAAACUUGAUUUAUUUUUCA